CUAAGCUCAUCCCUGUUAACGCAAGGGGAUAUUUUAGGUGCUUUCCAACAUGUAAAUUCAACAGACUGGUGUUUUCAUCAAAUAUAUUAAAAAAAUCGAAGGGAUUGGAAGGGGCCUCUGGAGAUCAUCCAGUCCAACUUAGUGCUAAGGCAAGAUUCCUACGGCAGGUUGCACAGAAAAGCAUCCAGAAUGGCACAUUUUGAACAGUUUCACUGUGACUUUUACCAGUCCAAUUACAACAUAGAUGACCAGGAAGAUUACAGCACUUGUGACUCUAGUGAAAACUUGAGUGGAAAUAGAAAGAGCCAGACAGGACACAGACCUCUGGCUGGUGCUUUUGUCCCCUCAGAAAUGCUGUUGCCAUCUCAGAGUUACACAGGUCAGAUUUUACAGCCAACAGUUCUAUACAGUUCCAACACUCUCUCUCACCUUAGCUACACUGAUGGUUUUGAUGAGGAACCUCCUUUGCUAGAAGAACUUGGGAUAAAUUUUGAGCACAUAUGGCAAAAAACUUUAACAGUUCUAAAUCCAAUGAAACCUGCAGAUGGCAGCAUUAUGAUCGAGACGGACCUCACUGGACCUGUGGUUUUCUGUUUGGCCCUUGGAGCAACGUUGCUGCUGGCAGGAAAAGUUCACUUUAGCUAUGUGUAUGGAGUGAGUAUCACUGGGUGCCUUGUUAUGCAUGCCCUGCUGAACCUGAUGAGCAUCCCAGGAGUCUCGCAUGGCUGUGUUGCAAGUGUUUUGGGCUACUGCCUGCUGCCCAUGGUGAUCUUGUCCUCUUCUGCAGCCAUCUUCUCGCUACAUGGAAUCCUGGGAACUUUGUUAGCUCUGUUUGUUAUUGGAUGGUGCAGUUUGUCAGCCUCCAAAAUUUUUACCUCUGCCUUGGCCAUGGAAGGACAGCAGCUCCUUAUUGCAUACCCAUGUGCUUUGCUGUAUGGACUCUUUGCACUUCUGGCAGUUUUCUGAAGCAUAUUUCCUGGUAGCCUUAUUACAGUCUGUUUAUGUUUGUUGGAGGGAUAGGAGGUUAUUUAGUCAUUUUUAAAUUGUGCAGAAUUGCAUUAAGUUCCAUUAACAAAAUUAGAUUAUAGAACUUACCUUUUAUUUGCUUAAUGGCUGAUAAUAAAAUAAAAAAAAAAAGGAAACUAACAGGCAGAUGAUUGUAU